AUGUUUCUUGAAUUGAUGUUUGUUUGUUUGUUUAGAUCAUACCAUUCUACACAUCCGUUGGGGAACCGCGCGAACUGCGAAAACCGGCAGCCUUUUGGGGGCCCAAGAGUGUGUAGCUGGAGCGGGCAGUCGGGCCGCUUGCCAUCCCUUGCGCCAUCUCCCGUGAGCGAAGCGAUGUGUCCAAGCUGCUUUCCUGGAGCCAAAGAAGCAGCUAUCCAUGGAACUGGAAAAGGAGGAGCAUUUAUCCAACAGGGAGCAGUGAGUGAUGUGACCAGUGCAUUAUUCUUCGAGUUUCAACUCUCAGAGAAGACGGAAGAAUCCGUUUCCACGAGGGCUCGCACAGUGGUGACGCGGGAGAUUGUCAGUUUGUGA